AGGAUAAAGAAGGGAGUAGUAUAAAAUUUGUAAAGAAAUAAACGGCAAGGGUAUAUUUGUGUGAUGUGAUUCAACCCUGUUUCCGCUAAUCUUCCCGAAUCUUUGUCCAUAAGAUCUGAAGCGAAAGAUGAUGAGGUUUUGGAGCUACUAGUUCUCUAGUCAAAUCCAGAAGACCCAGGUGUAUAAUAUAUAGAACAGGAAUUCUUUCGUAUUGAACAUGGCUAUGGGAAAAUACUCCCGAGUUGAUGGGAGGAAGUCUACAAAUUAUUGUUCACCAACCGUUAUUGUGGUGUUUGUUGGUUUUUGUUUGGUUGGGGUUUGGAUGUUGAUGCCAUCAUCUGUUGAUCCUGUUCAACUUACAGAUCUAUCUUCUCGAUAUUCCAAGACAGACUUGUCUUCCCAAGAUUCCAGAGCAGGCUUUUCUUCUCAGGAUUCCAAAGAAGACAUCAGAGUAGAGGCCGAAGACAAAUUUUCCAGCCAAUCUGAAAAUAGCUCCGGGGGCCAAGAAGAAGUUGCAACAAAAGUAGUGAGCAAACCUAUAAAAUCGGAGGAUGCAAGUAAUUCUGAUGUCAGAGAGUCUGAGAAUUGGUCUGAGAAGGAGUCUGACAAUAAUGUGGUGGAAACCCAGGAGGAAAAGGCUGUUGGGGAGAGUUCUGGAGGAAUCCCUACAGGUGAAGGGGAUUCAAAAGUAGAUGAUGGAACUUCAGAUAACGAAGAAGCAAAUUCAGAAGGCAAAGAAUCAAAUAUUAGUACCGAAACAAAUGACAAUGCUCAAACUGAACCUGAAAACGAAAACAGUAAGAAUGAAUCAAACCCAAAUGAGGGUAUUCAGAGGUCACAGACUGAGGAAAGUGUGGAGAAACCAAAAAAGAUGGCAGACGAAAAGGCACGCGUGGAGAUUUCCACUGGGGAUCAGUCUGAGAUUCUAAAGGAAACUACCACAGAGAGUGGGGCUUGGUCUACUCAAGUUGCCGAGUCAGAAAGUGAAAAGAAAUUAGAAAAGCAUAAAUCACUGAAGGAUGCUAGUGACUACAGAUGGAAAGUUUGUAAUGUUACUGCCGGUCCAGAUUAUAUUCCAUGUCUUGACAAUUUGCGGGCUAUUAGGAAACUUCCACAGAGGGACCACUAUCAACAUCGUGAAAGACAUUGCCCGGAUGAAGCCCCGACCUGCCUCGUGCCUCUUCCUGAAGGCUACAAACAGUCAAUCAAGUGGCCAAAAAGCAGAGAGCAGAUUUGGUACUAUAAUGUACCCCACACCAAGCUCGCAGAGGUUAAAGGGCAUCAAAAUUGGGUGAAAGUUGAUGGUGAUCACCUCACUUUCCCUGGUGGAGGGACUCAAUUUAUACAUGGCGCUCUUCAUUACAUUGACUUCAUUCAGCAAGCCCUUCCUGAUAUUGGUUGGGGUAAAAGGAGUCGUGUUAUAUUGGAUGUUGGUUGUGGAGUGGCCAGCUUGGGAGGUUAUCUUUUUGACAGAGAUGUCCUUACCAUGUCAUUUGCUCCCAAGGAUGAGCAUGAAGCUCAAGUGCAGUUCGCACUUGAAAGAGGGAUCCCUGCUAUAUCAGCUGUAAUGGGUACCAAGAGACUGCCCUUCCCGAGUAAAGUCUUUGAUAUUGUCCAUUGUGCACGUUGUAGAGUCCCUUGGCACAUUGACGGUGGGAAACUUCUUUUGGAGCUUAACCGUGUUUUGCGGCCUGGUGGCUACUUUGUGUGGUCUGCUACUCCAGUUUACAGAAAGGAUACCGAAAAUGCUGGCAUAUGGAAAGCUAUGUCUGAGCUCACAAAGUCCAUGUGCUGGGACCUGGUCAAAAUUAGCCGUGAUAAGUUAAAUGGUGUAGCAGCAGCAAUAUACAGAAAACCAGUUACCAAUGCCUGCUAUGAGCAAAGAUCACUAAAUGAACCACCACUCUGCAAUGAAUCUGAUGAGCCAGAUGCAGUCUGGAAUGUGGAACUUCAAGCAUGCAUGCACAAAGUGCCGGAAAAUGUGGCAGAACGUGGUAACCAGUGGCCUCAGCAAUGGCCACAAAGGUUGGAGAGUGCACCGUCCUGGUUAAGUAGUUCUGCAAUUGGAGUAUAUGGAAAAGCGGCCCCAGAGGACUUCGCUGCUGACUAUGAGCACUGGAAACGUGUCGUCUCUGCAUCAUAUUUGACUGGUUUGGGGAUUGACUGGUCUCUGGUGAGGAAUGUCAUGGAUAUGAAGGCUGUGUAUGGAGGAUUUGCUGCGGCCCUAAAAGACGUAAAAGUGUGGGUAAUGAACGUUGUACCAAUAACUUCUUCAGACACUCUUCCAAUAAUAUAUGAACGGGGCCUAUUUGGUAUGUAUCAUGAUUGGUGUGAAUCAUUCAGCACAUACCCUAGAACAUAUGAUCUUGUUCAUGCAGAUCAUCUUUUUUCCGAUCUCAAGAAGAGGUGCAAGUUAGUGGGUAUAAUUGCAGAAGUAGAUAGAAUCUUAAGGCCUAAAGGAAUACUAAUUGUACGGGACAAUGUAGAGACAAUAAACGAGAUAGAGAACAUGGCCAAGUCUCUUCAAUGGAAGAUCCAGUUUACUUACUCAAAAGACAAUCAAAGCUUGCUGUGUGUACAGAAGUCGUUUUGGCGUCCCACAGAGGUAGAGACAAUAUCGUCAGCAAUUGCAUAGGAACAAUACAUAUUGUCAAGUUGAACAUGUCUGAAAUAGGUAUCUUUUUGUUUCCUCCACACUUACAUUCACAGAUGCAACAGAAAUAGUUUCUAUACAUAUUUCCCAUUAUGUUCAUAAUUUAUUAGAAUGAGUUGAUUCAUUCCUUAUAACAUUUUAAAUUUAAUCUA